UUGGGGUGCUGACCCCCCCUCUGUGCCCCCUCCCCAGAUGGAGGCCCUGCCCAAGGCGGGGCUGGGGGCUCUGGCCAAGCCCCGGCGCCCGGUGAUCGCCUGCAGCGUCUGCCAGAUCCGCUUCAACUCCGAGAGCCAGGCCGCCGCCCACUACCAGGGCAAUCGCCACGCCCGCCGCCUCAAGGGCCUCGAGGCCGCCCGCGCCCGCCGGGGGGGGGACCCCGGGGAGCCCCCGGAGCCGCCCGGGCCCGCGGCCCCCCCGGGCGGGGACCCCCCCGAGCGCCCAGGGGAGCAGCCCCCCGCCCCCGCCGCCCCCGGAGCCCCCGGGCCCCCCUCGCCCCCCGCCCCUCCCCCCGCGGGGGGGGCAGAGCCGGGGGGGCCGCGGGAGGAGGAGGAGGAGGAGGAGGAGAGGGCGAAGGCCAAGCGGCUGCUGUACUGCGGGCUCUGCAAGGUGGCCGUCAACUCCCUGAGCCAGCUGGAGGCACACAACAAAGGCACCAAGCACAAGACCCUGCUCGAGGCCCGCUCGGGGCUGGGGCCCAUCCGCGCCUUCCCGCGGGGGGGGGGCUCGGGGGGCGCCCCCCCGGCCGAGGGUCCCGAGCGCUCCUUCCACUGCCAGAUCUGCAACGUGCGCCUCAACUCCGAGCUGCAGCUCAAACAGCACAUCUCCAGCCGCCGGCACCGGGACGGGGUGGCCGGGAAGCCGAACCCGCUCCUGGGGCGCCACAAGAAACCGCGGAGCCCCCCCGAGAUGGCGCCGCUGCCGUUCCCCAAGGAGCUGCCCAAGGCGCUGGCGGGGGGGGGGCUCCUCCCGCCCCCCCUGGCCCUCGCGGCCGCCGCCGCCGCCAUCGCCGCCCCCCCCCUGGCGCUGCGCCCCCCCGGGCCCGCCCUGCUGCCCGCGCCCCCCCUGGCGCCCGCCCUGCUGCGCCCGGCGCCGGGACCGCUGAGAGCGGGGCACGCGCCGCUGCUGUUCACACCGUACUGACACUGACAGACUGACUGACAGACUGACUGACAGACGGACUGACUGACAGACUGACUGACUGACUGACAGACUGACACAGCCCUGCUGCGCCCGGCGCCGGGACCGCUGAGAGCGGGGCACGCUCCAUUGCUGUUCACACCGU